AUGAAAACAGACAUUUCUUUGGAUGAUUCACCAGUUGCUUCUGAUCCUCCCCUUCAAGCAACGCCAAAAGGGACCGUCGCCGUAGACCCACUGCCAAGAGUACAGAAUGUACUGGUACUCAGGUCUCCCUGUUCAGCAAUCGAAGCGUCCGUGAUUCCUUCAACCGAUGAUGCAAAGCUUCAGGAGCCAGGGGCGCUUGAAGUUGGUGAGGCUGACCUGAACAAAUCCGACUCGUUGUAUGCUCGGCUCAUCGAGAUUGACUCGGCCGUAAGUAGCAGCUGUGAUCUCGGUUUCGUUCCAGUGGUGCAAGCAUGCCCUGGACGUGAUGCAUGA